GUAAGGCGCACUGGCGGCAGACCUGCGGCACACACUGCGACCAUUUAGGAGAGGAGCAACCAAUUUACGGGACGUGAGUGGAAUUGAGAUGACAACCGGUCCAUCUCUAUGCGUCAACGUCAUCAGGAACAUCUCUGACUGAUGGGAAGCCACAAAAUGUAUUUGUUUCCAAGUUUGAUACAGUUGCUCACGUCUCAGUAAGAACGUUUAUUAGAAACAACAGGUUGACAACUUGCGACAAAGCCCGCCUUUGCAAGCCACCGAGAUUCCCAACUGGUUUUCUUCUUCCUGAUGAGUUUACUGAUUUUAAAGUGGAUAAAAACAUAAGUUUAGGUCUAAAAUGGAGACGGAACAGAAAUGGACAGACGCUGGGCAAAUGAGCCAAAAGCUACAGAAGAACCCUUCCAAAAAGCUGAGGUGGGACAACUGGAGAGAUUUUUCUUCCGUAACUCUUUGCAUCGCAUUAUCUCUGCUAAGUGUUGGAGUAUGCAUUGGUGUUUUUGUGCGGACGACGGCGUUGCAGUCCAGGAUAGUAAGUCUUGAGCAGCAGCACCUCGCUGCCUGGAUGUUGUCCCUGGAGCAGGUGGAGCCCGUUAUUUUGGACAGACUGGACCAAAUCCUGGAGAAGAAGCUUGCAGCGCGAUUACCAAAGACGCGAGACGUGAGGGAGGCCCCUUACAGCUGCUUGUGUCCUCCAGGUAUGGGUUCCAUUAUGUUUCCCAUUCUUUGGCCUUGUCUGAAGAAACUGUAA